AUGGUGAAAAGAGCAGUCGAUACUAAUAAGAGCUCACGUGAAGAAUUAUUUCGUGCAUUUCAAGUAUUCGAUCUUGAUCAAAAUGGUUACAUUACCAUGGAAGAACUUCGUACAGUCCUACAAGCAACGGGUGAUCAUCCGACAGACGAAGAUGCUCUUGAAAUGAUUGCUGAAGCAGAUAUUGAUGGCGAUGGACGAAUUAACUAUGAUGAAUUCGUCCUUAUCAUGAGCAACACUAUGUUAUCAAGAAAAUAA